AUGGGCGUCGAUGCCCCGACGCCGUUCUCGCUGUCGAUCGGGAUCGACAACGUGCGGUACCCGCACAUCCACAUCGACGCGUCCACGGAGCUGUACGCGCUGACGAACACCGCGACGGUCAUCGGCAAAGGCGAGGAGGCGGACAUCCGGAUCGAGGAGCUCGGGCAGCCGGCGCCGAUGGCGGGCGAGCAGCCGUCCGGCGAGUCCGGGGAGGCGAUCAGCACCGAGCACGCGGUGAUUCGCUACGACAAGCCGUCGGGCGAGCUGUUCGUCACGGACACGUCCUCCGGGGAGGAGAGCCGCGUGUACGUGAACGGCCAGAAGACGCCGCUCGGGGCGAAGCAACGGCUCGCGGUGAACGACACGAUCUCGAUCGCGGGGUACCUGUUCGAGAUUCGAUCGAGCGCGGACGCGAGCGUCAAACGUCGCGUCGGCCCGGCGGCGGCGGCGACGGCGACGGCGGGGACGAAGCGCGCGCGCGACGACGCGGCGGCGGCGGCGAGGACGACGACGACCGGCGAGGCGGGCGCCGCGUACGCGUUCAAGAUUGGACAGCGCGUCGAGGUGACGUCGUACGAGGAAGGAUAUCGCGGCUCGUGGUUCGACUGCGUCGUGUUGGACCUCGCGGAGUGCAAGGGCGUCGCGUUGGUCUACAUGGAGUACAAGGACAUGCAAGCCACGGAGGACGAGAAGGACGGGAUGCUCAAAGAGUGGAUCCCGAUCAGCGCGACACACGCGAAGAAAAAAGGCGCGAAGAAGGCGGCGGACGCGGCCUCGGGGAAGAAGGCGCCGCCGGCCGCGGAGAAGGCGGCGAGGGAAGCGAUCAAGACGGCGAAGUCGGUGGCGCCGUUGAUCGAAGAGUACACGUCUCGGCUCGUCCCCCGCGCGCGCGUGCGGCCGGCGACGCGGCCGCCGGGGUACAACCCUGGGGACCAGAAGAAGGAAUGGCCGACCGGGGCGUUCAUCGAGGGCCCGUACGCCGACGGGUGGUGGACCGGGUACGUCAUAUCGAAGACGGUAACGGACGUUCAGGUGGCGUUUCUGAAAGCGCCCGUCGGCGAGGGCGGGUACGAACGGUACGACCCCUCGCGGAUUCGCCGGGCGCUGGAGUGGACGGGCGCGGAGUGGUUCGACUGGAGCACGGACAAGCGGUUCCCGCCCCAGGACUGA